AUGGCGGCCCCUAUGAGCAACGUGGAUGAGAUACGAGACCGAGUUAUUUUAGGCGAAUUUGGAGUGAGAAAUGUCCAUACGACAGAUUACCCCGGCAAUUACCCGGGUUAUGAUGAUACGUGGGACCUCGAGAAAUUCAAAAAGAAAUUUCGAAUCGACAUGGUUCAGCUGGACGAGAAUAACCUGGAGUUUGACAUGAUAGGAAUUGAUGCAGCUGUUGCCAAUGCGUUUCGACGGAUAUUGCUCGCUGAGGUCCCGACCAUGGCCGUGGAGAAGGUGUUUAUAUACAACAACACGUCAAUCAUUCAGGACGAAAUCCUGGCCCACAGACUCGGUUUGAUACCGAUCAGAGCUGAUCCUCGCCUCUUUGAGUUCAGAAAUUCAGGAGACGAAGAAGGGACAGAAAUUGACACGAUUCAGCUCCAGCUGAAGGUGAAAUGCAGCAGAAAUCCCAGAGCCCCUAAAGACUCCUCAGAUCCACGGGAACUCUAUCUCAAUCACAUGGUAUACUCUAAGGACAUGACCUGGGUGCCUAUCGGGAACCAGGCUGACGUGUUUGCAGAGGCAAAAAUCGGCCCGGUUCACGGAGACAUUCUCCUAGCGCAGCUCCGCCCCGGUCAGGAGCUGGACAUCGUCAUGCACUGUGUGAAGGGCAUCGGUAAAGACCAUGCCAAGUUCUCCCCAGUGGCCACGGCGAGUUACAGACUCCUCCCUGAGAUCACGCUCCUCCAGCCGAUCGAAGGAGAGAAGGCAGAGAGGCUAAAGCGCUGCUUCUCACCUGGAGUCAUCGAAGUGGAGGACGUCGGAGGGAAGCGGGUGGCGAGGGUGGUGAACGGUCGCGCGGACACGUGCAGCAGAGAAGUUCUCCGACACGAAGACCUGAAGAACCUGGUGAAACUGGGCAGAGUGCGAGACCAUUUCAUAUUCUCGGUGGAGUCCACGGGAAUCCUUCCGCCCGAGGUCCUAGUCAGCGAAGCCAUCAAUGUCCUCAUCGCCAAAUGCCAGAAAUUUCUCAGUGAACUCGACUCCGCCGAGAUGGAUUAAACACGUGAAAGCGGCGCCGAAUGCCUGGGUUGCUUAGAAACGAACGCAGCACUUUCUCAUGGUCCGGCAACCAGAAGGAGCAAUAAAAACUGUGCUAUGAUUCGGUUUAUUUCACAUUACCCCGAACCUUCUAUUUGUUCCUGUUUACUUUUACGCAAGAGGAUAUAUUAACGCGGACACUGAAAUCUAAUUGUGUGGUUAAUGUCUCUAAGCACUGGCCCAGGUUCUGCUGUACAUUGGGUCUGUCUCAUUUGUUCCAGCUUUGGCCCUUGUAAUGGCAUUAUAAGGAAUUCCGGUAAAAUAUGGUAAUGUUCGUGGUCCAUUACCAUAAACAGACUUAAUGUUCGCAGCGAAUGAAUGCCAGCCGAGCGUCUUUUGUCUCCUUCCACUUUGGGAUCGUUUUUUGUCCCGUUGGCAGGUGGCCAAGUCGUGCAGUCAAUAACGUACUUCGCCAAUCUUUUCAGAGGCUCUGUAAAGCGUAGAUAUUUCCCUUGUCUGUGCAGAUAUGCUUGAUGUGAGUGUGAGUGU